CAAGCCAAGCAACCAAGCGGGGGUGUCGGUCCGCCGAGCGGAGGGCGAGCAUGGUGAGGGCCCUCGACCGCUACUCCUCCGGCAAGGAUGUCGCCUACAGCUGUGGAUACUGCGGCUUCGCGUUGAACUUGAGCUCCUCCACGCGGAACACGGCCAACAUUGGGUCCAAGUACGGCAAGCACAUCAGGAAAGGCGUCGUCUCCUUCUUCGCGAUCGACGAGAGCCGCUUCACGCAGGCCGACGAGGUGAGCUGCACGCCGUACUUCCGCUCCAGCCGUUCGUGGGGCUUCUUCAGGAACAGGACGCGGCUGCUCUGCCGGAAGUGCGGUGGCCACACUGGUCAUGCCUACGAAGACGAGGGGCCAGCAGAUGACCUGGACAUGAGCUCCAGGGGAAGCAGCACGUCCCCUCGGAAGAAGUAUGUUAUCAAGAUCAGUGCGCUGCGGCCGUCAUCAGACGACUCUGGUGCUCUCCUCUCCCCGUGAUGGCGAUCUGGAUUCUGAGCUGCAACCAUGUGUAAAUUAAGGGAUAGUGGUUCUCUUCAGUUACUUCGUGAGCAGAAUUUUUUUGGUUUAUUAUACGUUACAAGUUACAUCAUGUUCAGAUUUAUUUUGUGUAAUAAGGUGUGGUUGAUGUAAUAUCUUGUUUAUGAUUAGGUCAUGGAGAUAAUAGACAUCUAGCUUUAGCAUUGAUGUUCCUGUUUGCUAGUCAGU